AGAAAAAUAUAUUUUGACGUUCAAACCAUCUAUGUACAAACCGACUUCCUGAUCACGUGAUUACGACCAAGCGCUUCGUAAACUGCUGAAAAUUUAAUAACAUAAUGAGACCAACCUUGGUGGUGCAGAUGUGCUGAGACAUCAAUGGUUGCAGGAAUGAGUUCGGCAGACAACUUGUCCUCACGCCACCGAAGAAAUCCUCACAGGACCUGUCGCACUAUUUCUGAAGAUUCUGCUAAACUUAAACCUGUUUCAAGCGACAAAGCUUCCAUCUUGCAUAGUAAAGAAACCACAGCAUUUAAAGGUCUGAAUACUACAGAAUCAUGCGGACAAAGAACGACCAAGAAGGAAAAGGAGAAACCUCAAAAAGCAAACCAAAGUGCUCCUUCUGACUCUUCAGCUUGUUUACAAAAUUCAGAAUAUGAACUAAGGGGUAUAAAUGGACUGUCUUCAAAGUCACAUAAACCUGAGCCAAAGUUGCCUCAAAAAAUUACUACCCCUAAAUGCCCAUCAAAGACUUCAAAAACAUCCCACAAGGGAAGGAAAAAGAAAUGUGUUCAAUCCAAUGAGAGAGAAGUAGCUGCUAGCAAAGCUUGUGGAGAUGGACUGGACAAUUCUGUACACAAUUCGUGCCCAGAACAACUCUUAAGCUCCCCAAAAACAAAAGCAACACAUUAUCGGCACUCUAAAAACCCUCAAAAUCAUCAAACCCCUUCUGAUGUUUCUACAGGGCUUCACACGUGUACUACAUUAUCUCCUCGUCAUCACAAGGAGUUAUCCUCCUGCCACACUAAUGGUGAUUGUACUUCCAGACCAAGCACCCCAAAACGGAGCUGUGUCCAGUCCAGACCUCUCUUAAGCUCCACACCGAACUCAGACCUCCACCCCCUGUCUCCAAAAAGAACGGAGAAUAGUUGCACACCACAAAGUCAUCAGAAAGUCAAAGUGUCCAGUCUAGUAAAGUCACCUCUUCCGGAGGCUACGCCAUCAAGACCACAAAGAAUCGCGGGACCAGGAAGGCCUAGAGGUCGCAAGAAAAAGAACGUGCUGGAACAGCCAAGUGCCUCUUCACCAGUGAAACGCUGCAGGAAGAGAGCAACAUCUCCUGUAAAAUCUUCUGAGGGAGAGCCAUCCUUUGAGACACAACCUUGCAUUGAAUCCCAGGAGCCAGAGCCACUGAAAUCGGCAGAUCAAACCAUGUCCCCUGACCUCUCCAUCGAGCUGAGCCUGCAGGAGGAGCCUCAUCCUCUUAACCACUCUGUCUUCAUGCAGGAGGAAGAGGACCAGGAUGAUGAUGAAGAGGAGCUGCCCAGCUUUUUGCAGCAGGACAAUAAAAAGCCUUUGUCAAUCUCAGAGGGACUAUGCGUGUGGUGCAAAUUGAGAAAAUAUCCCUACUGGCCAGCAGUGGUUAAAAGUGUGAAUCACAAGACCAAAAAAGCCAGCAUUGUAUUUAUUGAUUGUUACCUAAUCGACCAAAAGAGAAUUAGAAAAGGGUUUUCUGUACCCCUGCGAAAUCUAAAACGUUUUAACUGUGAUGAGUUUGAAAAUUUGGUGGACCUAGCAAAAGAGAAGUAUGGCAGUGCUAUUACCUGGUCUCUGGAACUGAUAUCGGACUAUAGGAUCCGCAUUGGAUGUGGAUCCUUCUCUGGCUCCUUCAUCGAAUAUUGUGCUGCUGACAUCAGUUGCCCAGUGCGGAGGAAGUACUCUGAGAAGAAAUCUGUACUGACCUUCCCCAGUCAAGAGAUUCUGGGCGAAGAGUGUGACAGCUCCGAUAAUAACAUGGAGGACAUCGUUUUGGAGGAGCAGGAUGAGCUCCUCACCAAGAAAGUGUUGCCCGACCGAUCCAAGGCUGCACGGAACCGUGCCAAUGAGUUGUUGAUUGACUUUAUCAUCAGACAAAAAGUGGAAAAACGCUUACUGGCAGUCAUCAGCGGUCACGAGACAUCUAAAUGGAUGCAAGCCCUCCAGAAGCCUUCUCGCCCAGUGGUUGAUGUCUAUCUGGAAGAUGAGGAGCAGGUUGAUAAGGUGUACCGCUACCUGAACAAAGUCUGCGAUAGCGCACCUCAAAUAAACACCUGCCUAGAAAACAUCCAGGUGGACCGGAUCCGGCUUAUUCUUGAUGUGCUCCUGCCUGAGGCUAUUAUCCAUGCCAUCGCUGGAGUCCACAAGCUUUCCCUGGAGAAGGCAGAGGAGAAGUAUCGCAGAGGGCCGUGCUUUAGUAACAGAGAAAGACAGGAGUUUGACAUGAUGAUUGAACAGCAGAUGAAGCUCAAGGAAAUCACACAGCGCCAUAGACGGUGACAUCCCCUCUGUUUCAAAGAAACAGUAACUUUUACGAGCUUAAUUUAUACCAUUUAUUCCCAGGAAUAUUUUCUCAAAUGUUUUUUUAACAGCAUUAAUCAUAGUAUAUAGGAAAUGAAUGAUUUUCAUGGGAAACAAUUAUGGCUAAAAGCUGAAAAUGUUAUUAUGCAUUUUUUUAUUGUCAGAUCUCUAACUUUGUGAGCUGAAUGGUGAAUCUCUGACAUCUUGAUGCUGAAAUCAACAAAAUACAGUGCUUUUAAUGUCUGCAGUGUGUGUAAUAAAUAAAUACCCUGUACAUAAAUACAACGUUUUAAAAACAACGUGGUUCAUGUAUUCCUCAGUUUAACUAAGUGUGUGCAAGGGAUGUUUGUAACUUUAACUGAACAAUAUCAAGUUGCUUUUACAAUAAACACAAUUGAUGUCUCUAAAAUGUUGCCUUUUAGCCAUCUGACAAUUCACAAUAAGAUGGCCGUGCACAGAGGCUUUUUCUACAUUUUGAGUUCUGGUCUAAUGUAUAUAAAGAUUUUAUACAGGACUUGAUUGUUUAUCAAUAAAUCUUUAUUUUUCAUCACA